UUAGACUCCAUCACAAGGACUGCUCCACACACUCAAGGAACGCCCACCAACAAAACACAUCUCCACAACCGCCAGAUUAUCUCACCAGCAAGUGAGACUGCAAGGUUUGGGGGCUUGGCGGUACCACUCCGUGCUGCGUAUGGGGGGGUUCGCGCCCAUUUGGCGGCGACUGACCGUUUCCCCUAGCUUGGUUUUGCCCCUGCUCCCCCUGCGCAGGCACCCACAGUGCGUCAGGCCGGCGCUUUAUAGCGGCAGGCUGGGCGGCUCCACUUGCUGUUUUUCCUCUUCUUUGGGUUGCGUUUCCUCCCGGCUUUUGCGAAGAUGCAGCUCAAACCGAUGGAGAUUAACCCGGAGAUGCUGAACAAAGUGCUGACACGGCUCGGGGUCGCCGGCCAUUGGCGCUUCACGGACGUGCUGGGACUGGAGGAGGAGUCUUUGGGCUCGGUGCCAGCACCUGCUUGCGCGCUGCUGCUGCUCUUUCCCCUCACGGCCCAGCAUGAGAACUUCAGGAAAAAACAGAUUGAAGAGCUGAAGGGACAAGAAGUCAGUCCUAAGGUGUACUUUAUGAAGCAGACCAUUGGCAACUCCUGUGGCACCAUCGGGCUUAUACAUGCAGUGGCCAAUAAUCAGGACAAGCUGGAGUUUGAGGAUGGAUCGGUUCUGAAACAGUUUCUUUCUGAAACAGAGAAGUUGUCUCCGGAAGACAGAGCAAAAUGCUUUGAAAAGAAUGAGGCUAUCCAGGCUGCCCAUGAUGCUGUGGCCCAGGAGGGACAGUGCCGGGUAGAUGACAAAGUGAACUUUCAUUUUAUUCUGUUUAACAACGUGGAUGGCCACCUCUAUGAACUUGAUGGUCGGAUGCCUUUUCCGGUGAACCAUGGCGCCAGCUCAGAGGACUCGCUGCUGCAGGACGCCGCCAAGGUCUGCAGAGAAUUCACUGAGCGUGAGCAAGGCGAGGUCCGCUUCUCGGCCGUGGCGCUCUGCAAGGCGGCCUAAUGCCCAGUGCAGGCCCUUCGCUUUCUCCCCGUCCUCCCUCCAUGGUGAAAAGUAUAUCCCUUCCUAUGCGGUCUACACUGCUUCAGUACCCGUAGAGCACAGCUGUCUCCUUGGGGUCUGCAGAUAAGCGCUUCCCCUCAGCCAUGCCCACGCCCCUUGCUGAGCUCAGCUGUUGAUGGAGCAAGUUGGAUGUUGGCCUCUGAUGGCAAAGCGUUCCCCUCACUGUGUGUCUUGUGCCUCAAUAUCUAAUGCUUUAACGGCUACUUUGGUUUGUGUCUGUGAGUUUAAGGCCUUUGGAUGUGGUUUAAUUGUUCUUAAAAGGAAUAAAACUUUUCUGCUGAUAAGGAGAUAAA